GGGGAGAACAGAGAGGCUGCUGCAGUCUGUGCUUCAACUUCCUCAUCUUCCUACAGAAGCAACAGGACAGCAACAAGAGAGAGAGUAGCAGAGACUGCCAGCUUUGCAGGGCGAGAUCCAGGUCUUGGAGGAGACCUGGGCCCAGGCCAUGGAUUGCUGCAGAGCCCUUUCCUUCUGCCUGUGUCUUCUGACUUCUCACAGUGCAAUAGCAAUAACGUCGACAGAAAUCCUGAGGUGGAUGGAGUACAUGGAGCGGCCCCCAGGGCCCCUAGGCCGGAGAGCAAUGUCUCUUGUUGGGCAUGUCCAGCACCUGGAGCAGAUGCUGCUGAACGUCAGUUUCCAUGGCAACAACCUCACUUUGCAGAAGGACUCCAUUCACUCUCUGGUCUUCAAGUUAGAUUGCAACUUCACUGGCCUCUCCCUGAGCAGUGCUGCCCCGGAGCAGGUCCCCAAGGCCAGGGCACGACAUGCUAUGCAGUUCCCGGCAGAGCUGACGUGGGAUGCCUGCAGGACACGGCUCACAGAGCUGAGGCUCAUCUGCAUCUACUUCUUCACACCCCGGUUUUUCCAGGAUAACAAGAACUCAACCUUGCUCAAUAACUAUGUCCUGGGGGCCCAGCUGGACCACACACAUGUGAACAAUCUCAGUGAGCCUGUCAACAUCAGCUUCUGGCACAACCAAAGCCUGGAACACUACACGCUGACUUGUGUCUUCUGGAAGGAGGAAGCUGAGAGCAGUGUGGGGACCUGGAGCCCCGAGGGCUGCCACACAGAGCAGCCCUCACCUUCUCAGGUGCUCUGUCACUGCAAACACCUCACCUACUUCGCUGUUCUCAUGCAACUUUCCCCGGCCCGGCUCCCGGCAGAGUUGCUGGCACCUCUGAAAUACAUCUCACUCGUGGGCUGCAGCAUCUCUAUCCUGGCCUCGCUGAUCACCAUCCUUCUGCACAUCCAUGCCAGGAAGCAGAGCGACCCCAUCACACGUAUCCACAUGAACCUGCACGUUUCUGUGCUGCUCCUGAAUGUGGCCUUCCUUCUGAGCUCUGCGCUGGUCAUGCCUGGGACUGUGUGCACCGUACUGGCCGCCACCCUACACUUCGCACUGCUCAGCUGCCUCACAUGGAUGGCCAUUGAAGGCUUCAACCUCUACCUGCUCCUGGGGCGCGUCUACAACAUCUACAUCCGCCGAUACGUGCUCAAACUCUGCAUGCUGGGCUGGGGGGUCCCGGCUGUCCUGGUACUGCUUCUCCUUGCUGUGAAGAGCUCUGCAUACGGACCCUGUGUAAUCCCCCUCUCCAACAGCCAGGAAAAUGGCACAGGCAUCCAGAACGUGUCCAUGUGCUGGGUGUGCAACCCCGUGGUACACAGUGUCCUGGUCAUAGGCUAUGGUGGCCUCGUGUCCCUGUUCAACCUGGUUGUACUGGCCUGGGCUCUGUGGGCUCUGCACAGGCUGCAAGCUAGGCAGAAGGCAUCGAGUUCCCAGGCCUGCCGGGACACUGUCACUGUGCUGGGCCUCACUGUGCUGCUUGGCACCACCUGGGCCUUGGCCUUCUUCUCCUUCGGUGCCUUCCUGCUGCCCCAGCUCUUCCUCUUCACCACUUUCAACUCGCUCUACGGUUUCUUCCUCUUCCUGUGGUUCUGCUCCCAGAGGUGCCACUCACAGGCAGAAGCCAAGUCAGAGAUGGAGGUGGUCAGCUCCUCUCAGACGGUCAGCUCCUCGCAGAUGAUGCACUGAUCCCACUUCCUGGCCCAGAGACCCAGCUAUUCUGGCUGCAGCAGCCUGAGGCCCUGGCUCCCACCAGAGAAGGUGACAGGCCCACAGCUGGACUCCAGAGGCUCCUGUGCCCUCCAAGGCACCUUUCCCACCUACAUGUCCCCCACUGCCUCCAGAGGACAGGGUAGGCUUUGCCUCCUCUGACAUUCUCUCUAAGGCCAGGCUGUGGUCAGAGCAUUGGCCUAGAGUCAAGGAGCUCACUGUGUGACCCUGCAGUUGUCAUUUCUUAUGGACCCUCAGCUUCUACAUCUGUGACAUGGGGGCAAGAGGCUGGGGUCCUGCCUAACCCAGGAGCUUUGUGACAGUGACUAAGACUAGAGAGGAGGAGUGUCAGCGUGGGGGGAGGUCCCACUCUGGUUUCAUCCCACAGUCUCCAUCUGUUUGUUGGGGGCUGAUCUCUACCUUCUUCCCGGGGAGGACCAGACUCUGCCUGGUCCAUGGUCCCUGUCCAGUGCUGAGGGACCCACCCAAUGUCCUCACCAGCCUGUGCCUGAGGUCCCUUUUUCUUUAAUCCCCAAGGAUGACCUACUCCAACUCCAAUCCCACCCUUCCCUAAGAUCAGGAAGUCCAGUCCUUCCCAGGGCCUCCUCUGCCUGCACUCCCAAGACCUUUUUAGAGCAGCAGACAAGGCCACGGGGCUUUCCAGUGUAGACGAGAGCGCCUCUUUCCCUGUAGCGGAGGCAGCUGGGCCUCAGAAAGCUGGGUAUUAGGUGACUGAGCAGAACUGAAUUUUUCCCUGUAGACAUGAUGGUGUGAGUUCAAAAUCCCAAGCUCUGACCAUAAUUGCAGAGAAUCACACUAUUGCCCUAGACCAUGUGGGGGAAGCUACGGAAGCCGUGCUUUUCUCAGGAAGGACAGCAGGGGGCGCAUUUGGCCUGUGUGCAGAGGCAUUGGCUCCUGAACUGCGCUGAACAGCUGCUGUCACCUGUCUGCGGACACCAUGCACCAAGCUGGAGACUGUGCUGGCUGAGUGACCACAGGGAAAUGCCAGCUUUGUUCACACAUUCACUUAUCUCUUUCCUCAGGGCAGCUACCAGAGGUUCUUGGUGGCCUGUGUUCCAGGCACCGGAACAGCUGACUGGGGUGGACUCUCAGGGCCCAGCCCCAGGCCACCAGCAGAGUUUUAUUAACUCGAACCUCACAGCAAGGGAAUGGAGAGGGAUCCCUGACCUCCUGAGGGGUAGCUGGUGAGCGGUGCAGGCUCUGGGGCCAGACAGCCUGGGUUCACACGCCUUGUGAUGGUGGACAAGUCACUCCACCUCUCUGUGCCUUAGUUUUCCCAUCUGUAAACAAGAGCAAUCAUAGUAGCUAUUUUGAAGAUUCAGGAAAAGAGUCUAUAUAAAGAG